UUUUUUAUCAAUGUGAUAUUUCAUCUUAAUAUGUCUAUUACUAGUUAGGCCUAUUUGAUGUAAAAUAUACUUUGAUAUAUUUAGUAAUUUGAAUUUACUUGGCGAUUGUUGGUAAAACCAUAUUGUUAUAUGUCUAUGGAAAACUCUUUUUACCAACACUCACAAUUUUUUAUUUUUGGAAUUUCAUGAACAAACGCGCGGUACUCAAAUAUUUGAAAGUUUAACAGCUGUAUAAUCCGUGGGGCAAGGUGUGCAAUCGGGUGUAACGAAAUCAAAAGUAUGACAGUGCCUAUUUACGAGCGAUGUUCAGCUUUAAAGUUGACCUGAGAUUAUGGAUAGUUCCAGCACUUCAUUAAAGUGUGGACAGCUACUGGGUGGGGCUAACCCGCCUGAUUAUGGAGUCUUCUGUAACAGCAAGGAGUUCAGUGACCUCAAGCUCACUGUUGGGGAGACAACCUAUUUUGGUCACCGAAUCGUCUUGGCAACAGCCAGUGAGGUUUUCCAAACCAUGUUGUCCUCAGUUUGGUGUUCCACAUCAGAACUUCGCCUGGAAGAAACGGGUGACUGUGAGGCAGCAUUCCUGGAGUUUCUGGAGUUCCUGUACACCUGGAGAGUGCGGCUGAAUGAAGAGAACGUCGUCCCCCUGGCCUUGUUGUCAGACAAGUACCUGGUCAAAGAUCUGGCAGCCCUGUGUGUCAGUUACAUGGUGGAGGAGGUCUGUACUGAGAAUGCCAUUCCAUGGUUUAGGUUUUCUCUGAAGUACAAUGUGGAGAGGCUGUUCAAUGAGUGUAUCAGGUUCAUCAGCCAUAACUUUGAGCAUUUCCACCACAGCGGAAAGCUGGUGGAGUUGGAUACAAACGAAAUGGCACUGGUGUUGGAUUCAGGAGCCAUUGUAUGCAAGUCGGAAAUGGAUAUCAUUCAGGCAAUACUUAAGUGGAUGAAGGCUUAUGAUCGACCGGUGCAGGAGAGCCUCAGAAAUGAUAUUGUGCAACUGUUUUCCAGUGUUCGCACACCCAUGUUGACACCAGCAGAUGUCGUCAAGAUUGAAAAGACCAAAGAGCUUCAGGACUUUGUUAUGCUUCUCCUUCCCAAAUUUUACUUGACCUACAAGUACCAUUCCUUUGGCGUAGGCAUUCCAAUCCCAUUAGAUGACAAAAGGUUCAAGAAUUAUGUGCCUCGGAUCUACACAGAGCGGUGCGGUACCACUUUCAACACGACAAGUUUCUGGGAGCACUACUUCCAGACGCCCUCUCACAUGUCUUCCAAGCAUGCAGUAACUCUGAAGUGGAAGUAUCAGAAUGGAAAACCGAAUGAGCUGGAGCUGCUACUAGCCCCAGGCAUUGCUCAAGGCAUGGUUGUGCCAUACAAGCUGAGGGUUGUCCGCAUGACCAAGAGGUUGCGAAAAGGGUUCAAGGAGGUUAAAAUUGUAAAUGACACAGUCAACCACGUUGCUAACUUUGGUCCGUGCAUUGAUAUGGGGAGUUCUGAUGGCUACCAAAAGGACAUUAAAACUCAUGGCUUGGUUGUUGCAGUUCUACCCACUGGACUACCAGCGUAAAUUUGGGCAGUAGUAGAAAUAUGGGGGUUGGGGGAGUGGGACAGGGGGUGAUGAGGGUUGGGUUGUUUUUGUUUUUUCAAAGGCAGCAACUGUAUUUUAUUGUAUUUUAAUUGAUAUGUUACAAUACACUCUCAAAGUAGGUUGAUGUACUGUACUCUCCUGAUUAAUGAUGUUAGAAUCUAUGACAACAACAAUGGCGGUUUAUGUCCUUCAAUUAAGAACAGCUUGAAUUUAAACUAUUAAUUAACCGUCAGAGGAAGCACCUCUAUGAACUACAUCAAGUUUCAGCCCAUGUGGCAUUACUCAGUCGAAAUUAAAAGUGCUAAAUUUGAGCUUUAAUGUUGCAGUAUGUACAUGUGAUAAAAAUUUCAACAAUUUUUAAAUAUUAAAUUUAUUGUUACAAAUGUCUAACCUGUACUUUAAUUAAUGAUGUUGGUGACAAAUUAUUUUAUUGAUAAGACUUGUUUUUGUUUUUACAAACAUGAUGCCAUAUACGGUAAUUAUUUGUUCAAAGUUUUUAUUUUUAUUUCAUAUUUUAUCAAAGGUUACUUUUAUACAAUAUGUACAUAUUAAUUAUAUUUUCAUAGAUGGGUCUCUUUACACAUGCAAGCAGUGAAAUAAUUUAUGGUGUAAAACCCAUUUAAAAUGACUGGUAAAUAUUUUUGUGUAGAAUCACAACUAUCGUAAUUGACUGAUCUACCUUAAUCAAGCUCAGUUGUGUUAAUUUUGACAUGUAUUGUGUAUGUUAUUUAUUUGUCCAUUUUAUUUGUACUAAACAACAUCAGUGUCUAUUUUACAUUAAGCUGUUAACAAAUUAUGUGUAUUGACCACAGAACUUCAGUUCAUGAGGAAUUCAUAGUUUUGUUGUCUGUGUUUUUGUCUGUUAAUUUUAUUACCAUAUAUAUAUAGUACUGUAAUAGAGAGAUGAAUUUUGAAAAAAAAUGCCAAGAAGGGUAGAGAAAAAAAUCAAUAAGUUAAAAAUAGUUUUUGUUUUUUUAAUGGUAUGAUAUUUACCAGUUUCCGAUUGUCAGAUUAUUUUCAUUUUGUAAUAGAAUAUGAAGCAAUGUCUGUGUGCAAUCAACAGAAGUUCAGUAAGGCAAAUCUGGAAUUGUGUUUCACAAAUACUAGAUGUAUUCAUACGUUCAUGUAUUUAUACCUAUCUCUUUCUGAAUAAUAUUUUUGAAACAUUAAUUAGAUAAUAAAAGUUUUGAAAUGUUA